ACUUUGCAAUAGUAACUAUGCGGAUUGCGAUUCAAUACGCUGUCCGACCACUUUUUAUUACGUGCUUUAUUAUCGGUUUAGGUGUAUAUCCCUUAAAAGAACAAAAACCGAAAGAUGAGUGGAUUACAUAUUUAAGUGUUUUAUAUUCUUUAAUAGUAUGGUUUGUUUAUGGUUAUCUUUCUUACUAUAUGGUGAGCUCUUUGUCAGUUAGAGCCUUAUUUCAUGCCACCAUUUCUAUCAUCGUUUUGGAGAUUAACAUGAUUACUACAAUUACAUCUGUGAUUUUUAGUGUAUAUUACAACAAGAGAUUUCAAAUGUGUAUGAAAAGACUUACUGCUGUUGACGACACUUUAGAAGAGUUGGGAACUCCAAAAAUGUACGAAAAAAUACACAUGCAAUCGAAACGAAUAGCAAUUGGAUGGUUUUUAUACAGUCUCGUCAUGAAUUUUUCUGAUACAAAGUGGUGGUUAGACAGAAAAGAAACCACUUCUUGGGGAUUUAUUGUACCUCAUUUAUAUAAUCAUAGUCUCCAUGUCAACACCCACAUAGCACAAAUGACUGUUUGCCGGCUGAUAGUCGACAUUUUUUAGUCACCUUGAAGUCAACUUUUGAAGUCGACAUUUAGUCUACUAUUUAUAAGAUGGUUUAUUGUCGACUUUAACUAUAGACUGAAAGUCGAUCUAUAGUCGACAUUUUCAGGAAGUUUAAAGUCGCCUUUCGGUGAAGCGAAAAAUUAACUAAAAAAUAUUUUUUCGUCUUACCGAAAGAUAUAAAAAUCUUUUUUCUUAUUUUUUUCGGCAAAGUGCAAAAAUGUGUAAAAAAUAUCUUUCUGAUCAAUAUGUCGAACCGAUAUAUGGCGAAUCGACGUCUCACUUUCCGCGUGAAGCGCGAUAAUCGCUACAUGCAUGCUCCUUGUUUGUUCGUGAAUUAUCAGUGUCUUCCUGAUAGACGACAAUCGUACUUGGACAUAAGACGAGUCGUAUUUUUCGCGUGGCUACCGAAUUAAUACGAUUUAAUGUGUCGAUUAAUACAAAUUAAUCAAGGAAACCUAUCAAAUUUGUCAAAAAUA